GGGCGUAUAAAGCCGCGCAGAGAGCGUGAAACAAAGCAGACCGAUCGGAAUUGGACUUGGGAGGAGAGGCGCGGAGAGGCGGAAAACUUGUUGGAGGGGAGAGUAAAGAGCCGCUGCCUCUCCUCCUCCACCGCGCUGCGCUUAAGGGGUUCCCACCGGCCUUGCGAUUUAUUUUUAUAUCGGCUUUUUAUAUAGAGAAAUAUAUAUAUAUUUUUUUCUUCUAAAGAGAAAAAUUCCUGUUCCAAGAGAAAAUAAGGCAACAUCAAUGAAGGAGAGAAGAGCCAGCCAGAAAUUAUCCAGUAAAUCUAUCAUGGAUCCUAAUCAGAACGUGAAAUGCAAGAUAGUAGUGGUGGGCGACAGCCAGUGUGGGAAAACCGCGCUGCUCCACGUCUUCGCGAAGGACUGCUUCCCCGAAAAUUACGUCCCCACGGUGUUCGAGAAUUACACUGCCAGUUUUGAAAUCGACACACAAAGAAUAGAGUUGAGCCUGUGGGACACUUCAGGUUCUCCUUACUAUGACAACGUCCGUCCCCUCUCUUACCCAGAUUCUGACGCUGUGCUCAUUUGCUUUGACAUCAGUAGGCCAGAGACUCUGGACAGUGUCUUAAAAAAGUGGAAAGGUGAGAUCCAGGAAUUUUGUCCCAAUACCAAGAUGCUGUUGGUUGGCUGCAAGUCUGAUCUUCGGACGGAUGUCAGCACAUUAGUGGAGCUCUCAAACCAUAGGCAGACUCCGGUGUCAUAUGAUCAGGGGGCAAACAUGGCCAAGCAGAUCGGAGCAGCCACUUACAUCGAAUGCUCAGCUUUACAGUCAGAAAACAGCGUCAGAGACAUUUUUCACGUCGCCACCUUGGCGUGUGUAAAUAAGACAAAUAAGAACGUUAAGCGGAACAAAUCACAGAGGGCCACCAAGCGGAUUUCACACAUGCCUAGCAGACCAGAACUCUCCGCAGUUGCUACGGACUUACGGAAGGACAAAGCCAAGAGCUGCUCCGUGAUGUGAGGCUUCGCGGUCUUCAGUGAGGACACAGGAAUCUGGUGUUUAAAAAAAAAAAAAAGAAAAAGAAAAAAGUAGAAAAUUAAAAAAAAAAAAAAAAAAACAAAAAACAAAACAAGCGCGAAACGAAAAGGUGGAGUCAAAUGAAGUGCACAGCCAAAGUCGCGCAGACGCAGGCUUAGGAGGCCCUUGAAAGGAUGCCAGGUUUUUGGAAUCCCGUCCUUAGGUUCGGCAUGUAGACCGAGUGGUGAGAAGUGAAAACAUGGAAGAGUUUUCAAGUGUGACUUGAAAAAAAAAUAUGCCAAAAACAAAAGGGAGCUAUAAACGGGCUAGCGCUAGAGAAAAGGAGGAAUGCCAGUCCUUCCGAGAAGAAAAUCCAGGCUCUGAACGGUGCUUGCGUAUUUCCGGUUUUGUUUUUUUGUGUUUUCGUUUCGUGGAUCUCUGCUUUGAUUUAGUUUCUCGGUGUUUUUAAUCUUUCUUUCAAAAAAAAAAGUAUCUAUUAGUGUACCGUCCUCGUGGGGAACUCGCACUGUGACCUUAGCGUUUAGGUUUCUAGAGGAUGGGAUCUCAUUUCCUCCUAGCCCAUCAUUAAAAUGGAAAUUGUAUCGGGACCCGUGGGAUUCGAGAGGAAAAACUUCACGAGGCUUUGAAAUCUUGACUUCCUGAAGGUCGCUGCUGAGCGAGGUGGUUUGAAAGCAAGGCUUCGGAGGCCUUACGAGAUGCGUAGACCAGCACUACAAAGAUUGCGUAGAUCAAAUAGGAAAGAGUGUUGCUUUUUAUUCUGUCUGAUGGUUUUGUUCAUUCCCUGUGAUUGUCAUUAACAAGUGGUAAAUUGCUCAAUGUAAUAUUUUGUGCGCUGUUUAGAAGAGAGUGUGUGGCUUUGUUUUCCUUUUUGCCAUCGUUGAUAAAAAAAAAAAAAAACGAGAAGUCAAAUAAAAGGUGUCUUGGUUUGAUGUGGUAGAGUGAUCUCAAGAGAGGAAGCGGGUGACUACUGUUUCCACCAGGAGAGGCAAUGAACGGAGGAGGAGGAGCAGAGAGCACAGUUUGUGAGUGAGGCUGUCUGGGAGAACGUUAGAUUUCAAAUGCUCAGAGCGAAAGCACUGUUAUCUGGGGACAGUGCCCCUGGACUGGCAGCAGGCAGGGAGCUGUUGGUUGGCUCGUGCCACUUCCUUCAAAUGAAUGUUGUCCUGACAAAACCCCCAUUUGCCCAUGCUUUAGAAAACCACAGAUACAAAAGAAAAAAAAAAAUGUCUGCCCUGAUAUGAGCCUAGGGCAUUUCUCAAGUAACUGCGAAACCUCACUUAAUCAUCCGCAGCUAGGGCCAGGUUCAAAACUUGAUGGUUGUUAGAGGAAUAAUCAGCAUUUAAAGUAAUUUACAGGUUUCUCCUUUUGAGCAGUUCCUUUCAGAGAAGAAAUCAGAUAUGACCUUUUUAUAGUUGGUGCUUGUUAAAAGCAAGCUUUUUUUCCCCCAAUGAUGACGCUUCAUUUUUGAAGCGUUGAAGCUCUGUUUCCAUUAAAAUGUGGCAGAAGAGGAGAUUAAGAAAAUUAUAACACCCAGUUCUGUGUCUUACAAGCACUUUGUUUUGUCUCUGCAAGAAGAUGUCAUUUCCCAUGAAACUCAGACAUUUUACCAACAUAAUAUGCUCUGACUGGUGCAGCGUUAUGCUUUGGGCAGUAUUACAAAAUAGCUGGCGAGUGCUUUCUGUAUUUAAAUAUUGUAAAAAGAAAAUAAGUUAUAACUGUUAUAAAGCAGAACUUUUGUUGCUUUUUUUUUUAAAUGUUGAAGUCACUUUGUAUGUUUGUUUGGUCAGUGUUUCCACAGUAUUUAUUAAAACUUAUGUUUUUCUUCAAAUAAAAAGUAACCAUGUCUGUC